AGCCGGAUUCUGUUGGUAGCCACGUCUGCGCAUGUCCACUCUUGCAGUACACGUGAAGUCCUCGAAGAACUCGGCUCUGAUGUCGUGAUGUCGAAAGCUAAACAGAAACGCGCCAAACGUCUCGGCUUCCUUGGAAAGUUUAAGACCAAAGAUGGACGAAAGGGCGAUGCUUCCGGGCGGACAAAAGGUUCUGACCUGUCAGCAGCUCAGCAGGUCAAAGACCACAGAAAACCAGAAGAAAUCCGGAAGCAAAGGCUUCAGGAACUCCAAGAGAAGCAGAAGUUGUCCAGAGAGCGAGAGCUGAUGAAGAGGAGGAAUCUGCAAAGCUUUCAGAAUGACAUCCUACAGCGACAAAGAGAGUUUGAGCAGAGGGAGACAGAAAUGCAGAGUUUGGAGAAACAUGUAAACUUUGAAAAUGAAAAUUCAAGAAAAGCAUAUUACAGAGAAUUUAAAAAGGUGGUGGAGGCUGCAGAUGUGAUUUUGGAAGUUCUGGAUGCCCGUGACCCUCUUGGCUGCAGAUGUCCUCAGGUGGAACAGGCAGUCAUUCAAAGUGGAACGAACAAGAAAAUAGUUUUAGUCCUUAAUAAAAUUGAUUUGGUGUCAAAGGAAAUUGUGGAAAAGUGGAUUAAAUAUCUUCGUAAUGAGUUUCCCACAGUGGCUUUCAAAGCAUCUACUCAGCAACAGACUAGGAACUUGAAACGCAGCAAUGUGCCCGUGACACAAGCCACCGCAGAGCUUCUUAGUAGCAGCGCGUGCAUCGGAGCCGACUGCUUGAUGAAGCUGCUCGGAAACUACUGCCGCAACCUGGAUAUAAAGACAGCCAUCACUGUUGGUGUCGUAGGUUUUCCAAAUGUGGGAAAAAGUAGCUUGAUCAACAGUCUGAAACGAGCCCGAGCUUGUAAUGUUGGAGCUACACCUGGUGUCACAAAGUGUCUUCAAGAGGUACAUCUGGACAAACACAUUAAGCUUCUGGACUGUCCUGGCAUCGUCAUGGCAACAUCAACGACUGAUGCAGCGAUGAUCCUACGAAACUGUGUGAAGAUCGAGCAGCUCGUAGAUCCGCUCCCACCUGUCGAAGCCAUCCUUCGACGGUGCAACAAGGCACAGAUCAUGGAGCACUACAACGUCCCAGACUUUCACACAGCUCUGGAGUUUUUGGCGUUGCUUGCUCGGCGGCAAGGCAAACUAAGAAAGGGCGGACUGCCUGACAGCGAUAAAGCAGCUAAAAGUGUAUUAAUGGACUGGACAGGGGGGAGAAUCAGCUACUUCACCCAUCCUCCAGAAACACACACUCUUCCUACACAUGUCAGCGCUGAGAUUGUCACAGAGAUGGGUAAAGCAUUUGACUGGGAUGAGCUGGAAAAAGGGAAUCAGGAGGUUCUUGCAGAGUCAUCAUGUCCCGAUGUCCAAAUGGGAUUCUGUAUGGAAACCAGUGGAAUGACACAAGGGGGUCAGUGUGACACACUGGAGAUGGAAGCAGGGUCAGUGGAAGAACCAGAAUUUAAAGAGGAAACGGAAUCUAUGGAGGACGAUCAGGAUCCAGAGUUUGGACCGAUGACAGUGGAAAUAAAAUCACAGAAGAAAACUGACCUACCUGCAAGCGAUGCUGCAGCCAGCGCUCCAGAUCUGAAGGAUAUCCUGAAUGUAGAUCCUCUACAGCAGGGGCAGGCACUCCUGGCAGCCAGCAAGAAGAGGAAAAAGCAACAAAAAGAGCUGGUUUGUAUAACUACUAGACUUAGUAUGACACUGUCUAUUGUUCUGGCUAUCACAACUUCACAUUUCUUUUUCCUAAUCUUAAAAAAAAGCAAACAAAAACAACUCCAUAACCUAAUGGUAGAGCAGAUCCAAACUGAAGCUAAAGUUGGAAAAAAAAAAAAGUUAAAAGACCACCCAAGUACUCUGGGGACUCCUUAUGUGACUUCAGGGAAAAACUAACGCUCUGAAAGUUUCAGCUGGACAACUGAAUAAUCACCCUUUUCACUCUUCACGUUUACUAGGUCAGACCUAGCAUUUCCAUAUCACUUUUAACGUGGCACAAUUGCAUGUAUUACAAGCUAAAAUAUCUUUCAAAUAAAACUUUACGGAGGAUAAUUCAUUAGAGACUUUAUGAUUAUUUAAUGAUACUUACCAAAAAUAUAUGUAACUGUUUACAAAACAUGAAUAGUAGAUGAGGUUUACUUUGUUGCUUGCAGCAGUUUGAGGGACUUUUUCCUCUCAGUUUAUUAAAUACUUGCAGUGAGCUACGCACAUGGAGCAGCAGUGCCCUUUACUUCAUUAAUUACUUUGAUCCUGUCUACAUGUUGGGGAUAAUCAGGAUUUAACAGCAUGGAACACUGAACUUUUGUUCACCUCAGACCAGGUGGGCUGUGUCACACUGAGUCAGUUACAAGCUGCAGUUAAAUAAUUUGUUACAUAGCAGUCGUCAUCAUCUCCAUCCCGGCUGUCAGGAUAUUUUUAUUUCACUGUUAGUAAAGUAGUGGUUAGAUUAUCAUCAAACAGAAACAGAAUUUUCAGGGAUUAUCACAUCAUGACUAUCCAAAACUGUUAGUUAUUUGAACAAACUGAUACGCUGCUAUUUGUUUGUUUAGAUUUAAUCUUUUGUUUAUUAGUGUAUUAUUAUUCACUUUGUAUACAAGAUGCUUCAUGUACUGUCCAGUGUUAAAUGAAAACAAAUAUCAAGAAGCUUUGAGAAAUAUUAUUGUAAAAGUGAUCCAUGUGUGAAUAACACAAUACCGUCAAUUUAACGGAUUUUCCAAGAGCCAUCACCACCCUGAACUCUCACAUGUAAGAACCCAGCCAACAAUAUCAUGUAAAAUGUGCAAUAUACAUCACUGUGUCUGCUGCUGCUCUAUACUACCUCAGUAUUCACUCUUUGUUUGUGACAUUUAUGCUGUAUAUUUGUAAAUACAGACUGUUUGCACUACCUUUAAGAUUUUUAAGACUUUUACCUUGCACCUUCUGCUAUGUUUGCACUGAAAAGGAGAAGCUCUCCAAUCUCGUUGUACACUGUAUGACAAUAAAGCACAUUCUAUUCUAUUCUAUUCUAUUCUAUUCUAUUCUAUCUAGGCCUUAAGUCAGCAAGAGCAAAUAAAAUGCCUGUUAGCGUGUGAAGGGGCACAUGUAAACUUGUUAAAAGUACUGUAAUGUCUCAGUAUUAUUGAUUUGUUUUUCCUUUUGUUUCCUCUGCAGACAAAAUUGCCACCAAACUCUCGGACACACUGACUUCUGCAAUGGACUUCUCAUUUUCAGAUAGCUGAUUAAAAUAACAUUAAAAUAAAAGAAAAUAAGAGUGCA